CAAGUGAAUCAUGAGGGACAGAGGGAGGGUACAGCCGAUUAAAGCUCUAGAGCUGGGAGAGAUAGGAGAUGGUCUAAAUACUGCCACUUGAUUCUUAAGCUGUGUGUUUAGAUCAUGGGUUGUCAUUGAAACAAUAUUGAGGAGCGUCCACUUACCAAAGGACGAGAAGUCAUUAACAGGUCAUGUUUGGAGUAAGGACUGUUAAUGGGUAGCCCUUUCCUGAAAAGACAAGAAAAAAGCAUUCACUAAAUAAGGGGUCACGAGGGCGACUAAAUCCAUUAUGAUCUGUGCCACUGUUAUUCUAAUAACUGCAAGCUGUGUUACCUGGAUGUCAGCUGUAUACAUCCCAAACAAUCAUGCCCACAAGAAACUAAAAUAUCUUAUUGAGCCACCUGUUUACGCUGAAGUAAUUUCUCGUCGAGGGGGAAACAUCACUUUGCCAUGCAUCCUCAGGGUCAAACCGCCACAUUUCAAAGUUAAAUGGACCAAACUUGAGCCUCAUCGCCGUGGAACCGAGAACAUCGUCUUGAUGACAAACGGUUAUGCGUACAAGCUUUACGGCCUGUUAGGCCAGCGAGCCUCUCUUCGUAAGGCACAUGUUAUGGAUGCCUCACUGCAGCUCAGCCACCUGGAACUGGAGGACGACGGGAAGUACCGCUGUGAGCUGGUCAAUGGUAUCGAGGACGAGAGUGUCGUCAUUACACUGAGAAUCGAAGGAGUGGUGUUUCCAUACCAGAGUAGGAAUGGUCGCUACAAAUACACUUAUCAUGAUGCCAAGGAGGCUUGUGCUGAACAGGAUGGUAUACUGGCUACAUUCAAGCAGCUGUACAGAGCUUGGACAGAGGGUCUGGAUUGGUGUAAUGCAGGAUGGCUCAAGGACGGAACAGUCCACUACCCAAUUCUGCAUCCACGAGACACUUGUGGAGGGGAACUACUGCCAGGUAUUCGGAGCUACGGUCCCAAAGAUAGGAUCCGAGAUCACUUUGACGCCUUCUGCUUCACAUCUGUUACAGCUGGUUCAGUCUUUUUCAUUGAAGGGCCGUUCACCUUUGAGGACGCAGGGCAGGCAUGUCAGGGUGAAGGAGCAGACUUAGCUCUGGUCGGUCAGAUGUACUCUGCCUGGCGUUUCCUGAAGUACGACCGCUGCGAUGGAGGCUGGCUGCAGGACGGCAGUGUGCGCUUCCCUAUCUCCACCCCUAGGGAGCGCUGCGGAGGCCUUCCAGACCCUGGGGUGCGAAGCUUUGGGUUCCCCAACAAGAUACUGAAACUCUAUGGAGCCUACUGCUAUAGGUAGCCUGUGGUAUGCAUGCUACCCGUUUCCAAAAACGUCCUUGAUCAAAAGAUGGAGCUUCUGUGUAGAAUAUAAGUAGAAGAGGUUCGUGACCUCAAAACUUGCAAAUACAAAUCCAUGUUACAUUAGUAACGGAAACACCUUUUCAAGAAACCUGCCAUACCUCUCAUCUAAGUGUUGCUAAAAGCUAUAUCAACACCCCAAAUUGGAACUCUUAAGAACAGCGUUCUUUGAAGGAAAAUUUGAGAAACAAGAAACAACAUCAAGACAAUACACUCAAUAUACAAGACUCAUAUAAGGUGUUAGCACACCAAGACCAUUUAUCUUUCAUAAUGACAAUAAUACAUGUAAAUAUGAUCUUGUCUUUAACCAUAUUUAGUGUUAUGAUAUGUUAAUAAAACAUAAUGAUUAAUAAAGUGUUCAUUGUGUCUUUG